CAGUCUCCUGAGAACAUUUUUCCUGAGUGACUCCGGCUUCCAGACACAUUUGCCAUGAGAAGGGUUCCAAUCCUUUCCUGUAUUUGCCCUGAGUCAUGAAUGGAUAUGUGUGAUGCCUGCAAGUAAAACUGGGUAAGAAGAGUGACCUUUUUGGGUGGCUGUUACUGAAGAUUGCUUUACAGGAGCAACUGAAGAAGGUUUUUGAGUCAUGAUGCAAGAAUCUGGGACUGAGACAAAAAGUAACGGUUCAGCCAUUCAGAAUGGAGCGAGCGGUGGCAACCAUUUACUAGAGUGCAGCCUGCGGGAAGUGAGAUCAAACGGCGAGACACCUUCCGUUGAAAUUGGGGCUGCAGAUUUAGCACAUCUCCAGCAGCAGCAGGCUCUCCAGGUGGCACGACAGCUUCUCCUGCAGCAGCAGCAGCAGCAGCAGCAACAGCAGCAGCAGCAGCAACAAGUUAGUGGAUUAAAGUCUCCAAAGAGGAAUGACAAACAGCCAGCCCUUCAGGUUCCAGUGUCGGUGGCUAUGAUGACACCUCAAGUGAUCACUCCCCAGCAAAUGCAGCAGAUCCUCCAGCAACAAGUGCUAACUCCCCAGCAACUCCAAGUCCUGCUCCAACAGCAGCAGGCACUCAUGCUUCAACAGCAGCAGCUUCAAGAGUUUUAUAAGAAACAACAGGAACAGUUGCAGCUUCAACUUCUACAGCAACAACAUGCUGGAAAACAGCCUAAAGAGCAGCAGCAACCCCAGCAGCAGCAAGUGGCCACGCAGCAGUUGGCCUUUCAGCAGCAGCUCUUACAGAUGCAGCAGUUGCAGCAGCAGCACCUCCUGUCUCUGCAGCGUCAGGGGCUGCUGACCAUCCAGCCCGGGCAGCCUACUCUGCCUUUGCAACCCCUUGCACAAGGCAUGAUUCCAACAGAACUGCAGCAGCUCUGGAAGGAAGUGACAAGCUCGCACACAGCGGAGGAGGCAGCCAGCAACAACCACAGCAGCCUGGACCUGUCCACCACCUGCGUCUCCUCCUCUGCACCCUCCAAGACCUCCUUAAUCAUCAACCCACACGCCUCAACUAAUGGACAGCUCUCAGUGCACACUCCUAAACGGGAGAGUUUAUCCCACGAGGAGCACUCACACAGCCACCCGCUGUACGGACACGGCGUAUGCAAAUGGCCGGGCUGUGAAGCAGUAUGUGAAGACUUCCAGUCGUUCCUAAAACAUCUCAACAGUGAGCAUGCGCUGGAUGAUAGAAGUACAGCCCAAUGUAGAGUACAAAUGCAGGUUGUACAGCAGUUAGAGCUACAGCUUGCAAAAGAUAAAGAGCGCCUGCAAGCCAUGAUGACACACCUGCAUGUGAAGUCAACUGAACCAAAAGCCACCCCUCAGCCCCUGAAUCUGGUAUCGAGCGUCACGCUUUCCAAGACGGCGUCCGAGGCGUCUCCGCAGAGUUUACCUCAUACUCCCACCACCCCGACUGCGCCCAUCACUCCCGUCACGCAGGGGCCGUCGGUCAUCACUACCACCAGCAUGCACAACGUCGGACCCAUCCGGAGGCGGUACUCGGACAAAUACAACGUCCCCAUCUCUUCAGAUAUUGCCCAGAACCAAGAGUUUUAUAAGAACGCGGAAGUUAGACCACCAUUCACGUAUGCAUCUUUAAUUAGACAGGCCAUCCUGGAAUCUCCUGAAAAACAGCUAACACUAAACGAAAUCUACAACUGGUUCACGCGAAUGUUCGCCUACUUCCGACGCAACGCGGCGACGUGGAAGAAUGCAGUGCGUCAUAAUCUUAGUCUUCACAAGUGUUUUGUGCGAGUAGAAAACGUUAAAGGGGCAGUAUGGACAGUGGAUGAACUAGAGUUCCAAAAACGAAGGCCACAAAAGAUCAGUGGUAACCCUUCUCUUAUUAAAAACAUACAGACCAGCCACACCUACUGCACACCUCUCAAUGCUGCUUUACAGGCUUCAAUGGCUGAGAACAGUAUACCUCUAUACACUACUGCUUCCAUGGGAAAUCCCACUCUGGGCAAUUUAGCCAGUGCGAUGAGGGAAGAGCUCAAUGGUGCAAUGGAGCAUACGAACAGUAACGGGAGUGACAGCAGUCCAGGACGUUCCCCUAUGCAAGCGAUGCACCCCGUGCAUGUCAAAGAAGAACCAUUAGACCCAGAUGAAAAUGAAGGCCCACUAUCCUUAGUGACAACAGCCAACCACAGUCCAGAUUUUGAUCACGACAGAGAUUAUGAAGACGAACCUGUAAAUGAGGACAUAGAAUGAGUAUGUCUGACAUCGUUAUCCUGAGAAUGAAGAUUGGAAGAACACGUCAAACUUAGCUGUGAAAUCUCUCCAUUAUUGUACAGUCUGGAGGAUUCUCAGUCCACUUUGACAACUAUGAAAUAUGUUAACUCUUAGUGCCAUCAAGUAUCCCAUUUGGGAGUAUUUUUGAUUUUUCUACUUUUUGUUGAAAAAAGGAAUUUGUACUCUGUGCAUUGGAUGGACUUGUUUGGUACUUGGGAUUUUCCUCUCUUACAGUCAACAUCAGUGUUGUAAAUUUGCUAAACUGAUUCACUUGCAUUUAGCAGCCAGCUGUGGACUGCAGGUCCUGCCAAUUUUGGACACUUGAGGACAUCAAACUGAGCAUGUACACCUGAACUGCAGAUCAAGUCUUUGCCCAGAUUUUAAGGAUUCCAAUGGACAACAUAUUUGCACAGUACUGCAUGUUGAUUAUCACUGCCUUUACUCCAUUUUUUUUUUUUGUUUCGUUGGUUGGUUUCUCUA